UUCUGGUCGUGGGUUGCAUCCUUUAUAAAAUGGUUAAAUAUAUAUUAUUCCUAGUCCUGUUGUGGAUAAAAGUUAUAUACACAUUAAAGCAAUGUGAUGACUGCGUGUUAUACACCUCGUGUCCGAAUGCUAUGGAGCUGGCCAAGCGCCAAGUGCACGGUGAUAUUUUCAAGACUGCUUUCUGUGGAUACGACAUAUCACAACCUAAAAGUCCACCCAUGGUGUGUUGCUCUGACUUCGCCGCCACUGCGGGUAACACAGGAAUCGAAAGUAUUGGUGCCCAAAUUGGGGCUCCUGAAAGUGACCAAGUGGAACGUACUAUUCCUACUGCUGCAAGAGUACCGAUCGAAAGUCACCCCAAUGUUCGACUGCUGCCCGACGCCGACUGCGGCGACAUCGACGGCAAACGCGUCGUCGGUGGAACGAUUGCAGGACUUUACGAGUUUCCCUGGAUGGCCCUGAUCGCAACACGCACUCGCAGUGGGCUAGACUUUUCAUGCGGUGGCAGCAUCAUCAACUCGAGGUAUAUUUUGACGGCAGCACACUGCAUCCACAACAUAGCUGGCGUGAGGGUCGGCGAUUACGAUAUAACGAGUACCACGGACUGCCAGGGUUCUGGAACUGAAUAUAUUUGCGAGACACACUAUCAGGAUAUUGAGGUUGAAGAAGAGAUAGUGCACGAAGGCUGGUCGACGUCAAACCCAGACAAAAUUCAUGAUAUAGCUCUCUUGCGCCUCAAGGAACCAGUCGAUUUUUCACAUCGAAACGUGGCCCCUAUAUGUUUACCAGCAACAGAAGAAAUGAGGAUCAUGUCUUUAGACGAUAAAAAGGUGACAGUGGCUGGUUGGGGAGUUACGGAAACAGGCAGGGAUUCCAAAUUGCUAAGGAAGGUCGACAUCUCUAUUGUGAGAAGGGAUACAUGCUUGACUAAAUAUAAAAGCUCUGGAAAUCCCAAAAUAAUAAACGAAAACCAAGUCUGUGCCGGUAAGAUCCGGAGAGACUCCUGCAACGGAGACUCAGGUAGUCCCAUGAUGUUGGAGAGCGAGUAUCGUGGAUCGUACAGGAUCGUGCAAUACGGGUUGGUCUCGUACGGACCGACGAAGUGUGGUUCCAGCGUUCCUGGGGUAUACACUAACGUCGCCAAAUACAUGGACUGGAUAUUAGAUCACAUGAGAGAGUAA